UGUGAGGCUCCGUUUGGUACCGCAAACCAAAACAAAGAAAUUAGACAUUAAAACCAAAUUAAAACCGAGAACAGGGCAAGAAAUGAGAAGUACUUCUUGCUUCUUGGUCUGUUCUUGAUUAAAACAACAGGAAGGACAAGAGAAAAGACUUUAAACCAGAGACGAAAGCAUAAUUAAUUUUUGAAAGCAGAGAAGUAAAAGAAGAGACUGACAUAAUAUUAUUAUAAUGUCACUCUUUCCGGCUUUUUCUCAAAUCAAUAACGACGGAACGGGAUCUGGAUCAGAACCCGUGACUACAAAAUGGCUUGAAAAUUCAAGUUUCGUCCCAGCCAUCGAGGCUGUUCCGCUGCCUCCUAUUUCUCCUCCGUCCAGCAAUUCUCGAGGGGCAAGUCCAGAAGUCGUGGCAGUGAAAUCAUCAGGUAGCAAGAGAAAGGCCUGCGAUGACUACAAAAUCCGAUCUUCUCACAAACACAAGAAAAAGAAGCACAAGAAGGACAAACGGCCCACAGAAGAGCUGCUCGAAAAUAAUUACUCAGGCAACAGAAGAGAGAGGAUAAGUCAGAACGACAGCUUUUUCUUGGACACAAACAGGGACACUGGAAAUUUGCUGGUUGAUUUUGUCAAAGGACCCCAUCAACCUGUGUACAAGAAAAUUGUAAAGCGACCGCUUGGUUGGAAGAAAUAUGGAUUUCUACGGAGACAAAAGCCGAAACGAUAUUUCACGGUUAAAAAUUUGUUGGAAAACAAAGAAUAUGAAAAUGAAGAGUGUCGGCCAAAGUGGGACCAUGAUGUUGCCAUGGAUUUGAAAAAUACUACUGAAAACCUAAACAAGGCAGUGAACCACGAUCCCUGUGAUAUUCAAUCUUGGUUGAAACUGGUGCAGCUUCAGCCGUUCUUAUUAUCCCUGCAGCCAAGGAAGGGACCAUGUUACCUUUCUUCUUCUGAAAAAAGAGGCAUCGCUGAUAAGCAGAUCUCCAUUUUGGACAAGGCUUUAGGUUACAACCCCACCAACCCUGACCUCAUCAGGGAAAGAUACGGAUUGGCCAGUACGUUGGUCCCUGCUGAUGAACUGACGAGCCAGCUGAAAAAGUACCUCAGUAAGGAGCCAAAUUUGGUUGCUGGCUGGCUGGAGUUAGCCAGAAUCGAGCGGUCUCAUCUGGCGAGUUGCUCGAUUCCGAAAAUCAUCAAAGUCUUUUCUUCUGCAAUGGAUGCAAUCAACAAGAGAAGGAGCAGAUUUUCUAAUAUUGAAGUUGAAAACAGUAUUUUAGAACUGGUCCUGGCGUGUGGAAUUUUCCUUCAAGAAGCAAGUUUGCAAGAGCAGACGUGGGUCAUGCUGCGGCUGUACACAGAAAUGUCCUUGGGUGUGUGUCGAGAUCCAGAUGGGGUGGCCGAGAUACAAAACAUUGCCAACGCAAAGGCAGAGGCUCUAGAGAAUGAUGCAGCUGGUGAAGAGGAUCAGCUCUUGUUGAGUGGACUUCCGAGCUCUGAACUUUGGCUCCGGGUCGAACGUCUUCGCGAGUCGGCGCACUUCCUUCCUGCUCCUGAUUGUGUUUGGGCUCGAGAGGGAGACCCGCAGCGCCUUGUCUACCCUGACGACAUGGCCAGCUUGUCUCAGCACAUCACCUCAAAGUCCCUGGGCUUCAGGGUGGCGGCCAUUGCCCUUGUCGUCCUUGGUGUGCCCCCACUGCCCUUUCGACACUGCGCCGUCAAGUGCCUCAGUCAGUACACGCCCCUGCCAAACUUGGGUCUUUUGGCAGCUGGAUACCCUCUUUUCAGCCCUGACAUCAUUACGCCACGAAAUUGGAUCGGUGACGCUGCCCUGCAAAUUGCUUCCACUUGUGGUGCCAAUGCGUGGAAACCUGCCCUUGGAGGGGAGCUGUACAGAGACCUGCUCUACUUUUCCUUCUACAAAUAUGCCACUAGUCUUUCUGAGGCUGAGGAGAGCGUCCUUAUGAGCUGGUGUCUCAGAUGGGAAACUCUGUAUGCUCGACUGAUGCCAACCAAUCACCAGGCAAAAACCUACAUGCGAUCUAGAGCAAAAAAGCUUUUGAAGAAACCGAACUACCGUACGUCAUUCCAAAUGUUCAGAGAAUUUGCAAUGCUGGAUGCGGCACUUUCGGAAAGCAUGAAACCUGCUGAGAAAAUUCUUUCAGCAACUAUUUAUGCUGCAAGAGCUUCAGGAAUGAAGUGGAGGGACUGUCCCGACAGAGCUGGCUUGUGCUCGGUCUACCGCACUUUGGCUGAAAUUUGGAUCCAGGAGGAGAAAACGUCCGAGGCAAUCACCCUUUUGUGCUCUCUGGUUGACAGAGCCCAAGAUCCAUUCUGCACUACUUCCCUUGGAGAAGCAGCAAUCGAAGAUUGCAUUGAGAAAUACGAAAGCAUGUGCAGAGAAAUUCUACAAAGCCAGACUCAAGACACUUUGGAUUUGAUGGAUGCCUUCUCGGAAGACUUCUUGGUAAACAUGGUUGCCUGUUACGCCUGGCUGAUGGUUUUGAGCCGCAAUGUUUGGAUCGCCGGUGCUAUGUUGGAAGGUAUGAUCCUGAAACUCAACCAGUUUGGCACAGAGAAGUCUCGCAGCCAGACGGAAAUCAUCUACGAAAUCUACUGCGCCAUCAUGCAAAACCGAAGUAGAAAUUCCUCCUGCGACACCGGAAUGCUUCACAGCAUUAUCGAAAGAGCGUUGGCCGAGUUCCCUGACAACGCCUCCAUUCUUGCUGUCCAGGCGCAGCUCCAGAAUACCCUUCGGCAAAUUUCAAAACUGACUAGCACUGCCAAAAUCACCUACGGCGCCCUCGGUCAGAGUAUGAGAAUUUUGUCUCUGGAGCACAGAUCCAUCUUGCACGAAUCUGAACCAACUGACCAGCUCGAAGUAGCCAGGUGUGAGCCUCGAGUGGUCUCGCAAUAUGAAAAAGUUUUAGCCAACUUUGAGUUUCGGCACUGCCCCUUGUUGUGGCAGCUGUACCUGAGGUACAUGGGGUUCAAAGCGAAACCUGAGGCUAUCAGGACAGUUUUCUAUAAGGCACUAGAAGACUGUCCGUGGGUCAAGGCAAUUUACAUGCAAGGCGCCAGACUGCUGCCAGAAGAGUCGGCCAACAUUCAAGACCUGGUGGUGGAGAAGGAAUUGAGACUUCACAUUGCCCCAGAAGAGUUGGAACUGUUGAAAGGAGAGUAAAGUUGUUUUCGUAUCUAAUUUUCUAAGUAAUAAGCUUUUGCCUCGA